CUCUCAGGUUAGAAGAUUUAAAAGCGCAAGCGAAUGGCAGGAGUCGCACAAGCAAUCAACACAAUCGACUACCUCUUGCUUUCCGGCUUACCCGGUGUGUCGCCGAGCGCAUUGUAGAGUUAUUCAUUAGUCAAGUGAUUCCGUUCAUGGCUCAAAUUCAACUGUCCUUCAUUCAAUGAUCAAGAUAGUAGAUUUACCAUACAACACUCGCGAUAAGUUAAUUUCCUUUUACUUUGGAAAGUAGAUUUACAACACAAUUGAGUAUAUAAUAGUAAAGCUGUGUAACGCAACAAUAAGCCUUUUCUCGGCCAUAAUCGGUCUCAAACACCCGCACUUAAAAUGCGAGAAACACAUGUACCGUUGGAGAGCGUUUGAGAGCGUUCGGUCAAAGCUGUUAAAGAAGGAUCAAAGCAGCCAUCCAAAUCUUUGAAAGGCUCCAAACUACGAUGUACAGCAAAUUUGACUUUCUUGAAAUAUUUUGAAAUAUCUUGAAAUAUCUUGAAAUUUAUCCGGUCUCAAAUUACAUACAAAAAAGCAGUGAUCGCGUUUGUCCUUGAGAACCAUAGCAUACGCGACAAAUACGAACAAAAAAUACUUUUAUACAUUCAGAAUAAGUCAAAUUACAUUUACCCAUGCUUUGAUGUUUGAGUCAGCAGUGAUAUUGUUACAAGGAACAAGAUUCUUUUCACUUUUAAGGGUUAAAGGUUGAGAGAAUCUGGACAUGGGCUAUCUUGUAGCAAAGUUAGGGUGUCACAAUUUACAUAUGACACAAGCCACAAUGAACCACAUCUCACACUAAGUCACAAGUCGCAAUAAGUCAAAAGUCAAUUGUUCCGGCGAACGCUUGGUAAUUAACAUUAACACCGUCCGUUGGGACGGCCGAACAAAACACUGAAUGCUAGAAUUUAAGUCUUAACAUAAAAAUUAAUAUUCGAGUCGGUCGUGUCACUUAGUUAGUUGUCGUUCAGUAGUCGCAGAGUUCGGACAAAAAAACAGUUCGUUUUCGAAUUUUGUAAUAGUUGUUGCAUUUAUCGUCGAAACAUCAAUCGCCUCAAUACAUAUGACAUAUACAUAGUACAUGUACAUGUAUGUAUCUCUGUGGACCUGUAAUUUGUCCAAUGCUUUCAACCUGACUCUGGUCAAGAUUUGUUUUCAAGCACUCACAUGAUGAUUUGAAAUCCUGUCUUACUUCGCUUUUAACAGUUACCUCCAUGGACUCCUCACCAAAUGCACAGGGAGAUACUAGUUCUCCAUAUGUCGAGGCAGUUGGAAGGUAACUGUUUCUAACUCAAAUGAAGACGAAUUUAGUCCAGUGAGUUUUAAUUGUCAAGGGCAAUUGUUAUGGAAAAUUGUUAUACUGUAAUACCUUAGCAAAGAAAACAUGUCAACCAUUAUUUUCAGUGAAAACUUUUCCCACAAAAGUUUCACCGCAUGAAAUACUGGUGUCCCGAGGAAUUUCCUCCUCAAAUUAUCUACAUUGCCAAAUUUCGCUUUUGAGAAAUAUUUAUUUCCUUAGAUUUUAUGUUCAAACCCUGGCAGUCCAAAAAAGGAUGCUCAAUUUCUUUUUUCGUAGAUGCUCUGUUAUAGUCAAACUUGUAGAGAAUUUCUUUGCACUGUAAACAUUGUUUCAUGUUGCCUUUCCUUUUAAUCUUAAAUCGCUAUUUUUUUUCCACAAUGUUAUGGUAAAGCAUGGGAGAUCUAACUUCUUAGCCUCCACUGUAGAUAAACAGAAGGCUAACGUUGAUGUUUGAUAUUAAACCGAUGAAUUAAUUCUAGGAUAACUGAGUUGAUUCAGAAGCGACAGAGGUCUCCAUGGCUCUGGCCUGACAUUGUUUACUUUUUGACGCCAUCAGGGAGGGAACACAAUCAUUGUCUUAAGAUUCUUCAUGGUUUUACCAACGAGGUGCGAGUUCCAAUGCGUAAAAUUUUCUCCUAUGCUGAAAGAUUUAGUUAAUUAUGUUAACAUAGUUUUGUUUUUCAAGAUGGACAUAGUCCUCUAACUGCUACUUAUCUGAUUCGUAAUGGAAAACCAAACAAAACAAAACAUAAACAACGAAAACAGUAAAUGAGAAGUUGAAAACAAAGUCAAACAACAACUGAAAGAAAAUAAAGAAAUUUCAUAAUCAGGCCACGAAAGUUUUCGUAACAAAAGGACAGUUAGUGAAGCUUUUUAAAGCGUCUUCAAUUCUACCGAUUUAACGGUGGUGUCUCUGUGGUUAUGACGCAAAACCACCAGAUCAUCGAUGAGCGAAUCGCCGACAGAGCAGCCAAAAAAAGUGACCCACAAUCCGAAGAAAAUGCUACUGAGCAGGGAGAAGAAGGUGAAUUUAAAAGGAAGAGGCGUUUAGCUUUCCUCGAUUUGCUACUGGAGGCCUAUGACAAAGGAGAGAUAUCACGAGAGGGCAUCAGAGAAGAAGUGGAUACAUUCAUGUUUGAGGUUAGUGUCGCUUUAAAACCAGUUUCCAGUGGAAGUUGGUUCCUUGUCAAAGUCCAUACUUGAAUACUCUUUGUCCGCUUUACAUCCACCCAGUUGUGGCUAAACACUCCUCCUAAGGUGAUUCCUCAGAAAUAAAGGUUUUGGAACGAUGUUUCUUAAACUCUCUUUGAAUGUUCCCUACUUAUGUCUGUUUCGAGAACUACAGUAACAAAGAUAGGUCUUUGCUCAUUCUUCGUACAUUGAUUGGGUAUAUGUUCUAAAGAAUUAUAAUUUAUCCACAACUUCUCUAAAGUGUUUUGUGAACAUCUAGUUUCGGCGUGGAUGAUCGACCUACGCGCCUUUUUAUGUCCAGUGAGCUUGCCAGCAAGAAAAGACGCCAUGUCAAUGUUGCCAAUUACGCCUAAUUACGUGAUGUUUUGCGUAGUAAAGGAUGCUCGGUGCAGUAUUAAGGAAUCAUCAAGUAACACAUUUGCUGAACCAAUCAAUUAACUUGCAAUGAACCCAUCUGCUGCCCCAGGCAGUUUGUCAGUUUGUCUUGAAAUUUUUCCUGUUCCCAUUUAUACUCUCAGCGUAUGAGAGUUAAUGUCAGUGAUGGUGUAGUUUAAGGUGAUUAUCCAUCCCUUGUCCUGUCUCCAACUCAGAUCGUUCUGAGACUUGAAUACGGCGUGCUUUUGGUUUUUUAAGUUGACCAACGCGGUUGUAUAUCAGUCAGCUGGUGGUAAUUCAAAUCUCAAGUCUUAUCACGAUUAUUUUGUGACAAGAGCUAUUUUUUGUGGUUACAAUGAGUGUUAGCCUGAAAAAAUUAUUACUGGCAAACUCUAAGUCAGGGAAUUUCAUAACAAUUCGGGCGUUUCUGGGAAGCAGGUUAGAGUGAUACUCUGGUAACCCAAUCCUGGAGUUAUAUGAAAUUAUCUUUGUUAUUUGUAGGGCCACGACACCACAGCCGCUGGACUAACGUGGGCUCUCUACCUACUCGCCCGCCAUCCCCAUAUACAGCAGCAAGUCCACGAAGAAGUAGAUAAAUUUUUCGGUGAGUGUCUCGCCUACGGUGUUCAAGGGCACUUUGCACAGACUCCUUUCUACCGAUUUGUUUUCGUGUUGUUUACAAGAACAACAAAGUGCAAAUUAAGUUAUGAUAUCCAUGCAAUGGAGAAGAUUUUGUUCAUGCUCCAUCUUGAUUUUUCUUCCCAUUGCACUGUGACCAUACGCGACUUUGUUAAUACUGGCGUCCGAAGGAACGCUGUUUUGUUUACUUAUUCGUGAUUGAUUCAAACUCUACGAUUAGAUAAUGACUACUAUGAUAUUUAAACAUUUUAGAACAGCGGCCAGAAACCCUCACGGGAGAGGAUCUGAAGGAUUUGCGUUACUUGGAAUGUGUUGUUAAGGUAUGGUACAACAACGUUACAUUUUUGUGGCUCGGAUUUUAACACCAUACAUAUAGGGGUAGGGACGGAGAACGUAUCGUAGGGAAGUGGUAAAGUGGUUAUUUGAGGUUCGGCUCAGUUUGGGUUAAACAAGUUUUCAAGGCUAUAAAGACUUUUUUUACAUGAAUGUGAUAGAAUGGCAACUACACCCGCCAUCUAUGAGCAGUUUUCAUUCUAUAAUUUAACUUUGUAAGUAGAUAGCGUUCGCUAACUAACUGCUACAUGUUGAUCUACUCUUCUUAAUGUGGUAAUUUACAAACUGAGUGCAUCUAAAUACUACACUCUCUGGCUUAGGAGGCCCAGCGCAUGUUCCCAUCUGUGCCCUUCAUUGCAAGGAGGACGACUGAAGACUGUCACCUGGGUAUGUAUUUACGUCCUUGGGAGGGUUGGUUAGGAAUUAGCAGCGCAGUCCUGAGAUAAUAAGCUGUCAACGUAUAUUUAAUCGGUUUCUUGUUCGUUUGCCUUUGUUUCUGUUUUUGUGCCCUGUCUUGUUUUGGUUUAGUUUUGGUAUGUUUCUUUUUUUCUGUUUUUUGUUCGUUUGUUUUAUUGGUGUAGGUUUGUUUUUUCAGUGUUUCGAUAUGUGGUAAUUUGUGUUGCUAUUGUUUUGUUUGUUUGUUUAUUUGAUGGUCGGUUGUUAUAUUUGGAGAAUAACGUGGGUAAGUUUCUAGAGAAACUGGUACUGCGUCGGUGGGGGAGUGUAACAAGAUCAUUUGGCUUUAUUUCUUUAUGUUGUUAUUGGAAAACAGCAACGAAUACCGUUAUCAUAGAUGUGUUCUUAAUGAUGACGUGACAAUGGUGUUUGUGCCAACCUUAUUUUGUAAAGUUCUCAGGGAGGCUUAAAUCUGUUUGAAAAACGUAAAGUAAAACAAGCCCACUUGCCUUGCAGAUGGUUACCUGGCUCCAAAAGGUACUGCUAUUGGAGUUUGUACAAUCGGACUCCACAGAAACCCAAAGGUGUGGGAAGCGCCGCUCGAGUUUAACCCGGAUCGUUUUCUUCCUGAGAACAGCCAAGGACGCCAUCCAUAUGCAUUUGUUCCUUUCUCUGCUGGGCCACGGAACUGUAUCGGUAGGUUUUGUCAGGUUUUAUAUAUGCAAAGCUUAAACCUGGGCCUAAAUUUAGGGAGCGACGCAGGCAGAAACGAAAGAGUGAAAGCCUUUGUUACACCAUGGAAGCUGAAAAAACUGCGACUAAUCACAUUGACAAAAUUCUGUCGCAGAGACAAAAAUUAUCACAAAAAUGUUCUGUGAUUCCUUGCAGCGAGCUGACUCCGGCCGCAAUUUGUCUCCUUGACUUUUUGUUGUUGUUUUUAUUGUUGAAGCAGCGUGUUGUAGCACAGGUAUUCCAAGCUCAUGUUUUGAGAAGAGGGAAAAAUGAUCAUCCACUCAUUCCUUGAAACGUUACGGUGUUUUUUGCUUCUAAAGUGACUUUUUAGAUUACUAGUUUCUUGGUAUUGCUUGGAGCCGUUGAGAAUCUUAAGAUGUUAGAUGUUGUUUGUGGGACCCGUUUAUGAUACUUGAAUUGACCCAGCAAAAGCUCAAAAAAAGAGAUAUUGCUCGUUCAGUCAUUUUUUUGUUUUGUUUUGUUUUUCUUUUUUUCACUGCCCUAUCUUAUUUUGUCCGUUAACCUGUCUUUUGUCCUUACCUUAUAGGUCAGCGGUUUGCUCUUCAAGAGGAGAAACUUGUCUUGGCUCACGUGUUGCGUAAUUUUACCCUCGACUCCACUCAGACCUUUGAUGAACUCCAGACAUGCGGAGAAAUUAUAACCAGACCAAAGAAUGGAAUAUUCGUCUCUUUAGCCAAACGAUGAUAAGAUAUAUAUGUUAUUUGCCGGCUGGGGGGUCCGUAUAGUGAAAAAAUGUGACCGAGGUCACAGUUUUUCACCAUACGGACCGACCCUUAGCCGGUAAAUAAGAUAUUUUUUUUUUUUUAACUUGACGAAAUUCUUUCCGAAAGAACCCGAAUGAUUUAGGGCUGUAAAUACGGCAAGAUCUUCCAUAAACUGACAAUUUUUGAGCGAGUAACUGGUAGUUAAAAUAGAGGUGAUGCAAAUUAAAGAGAGGUGAUUUAAAAGGCUUCCAAACAAACUUUGAAUCAUUAUUUUUACAAGUAUCUGUCACAAUCUGACACCUGUCAAUUAGAGAGCGCGUAAGAAGAAAAACAGCAUAAGAAGACUCGAAAAACAAUGGAACUAGUUUGGCAAGGCUGUCACGACAAUGUUUACUUCAAAAACAGUCAGUGAUCUAACGGAAAGUAUUAUUCACUCUCAUCGACGAUCUAUUAAUGUACGUAGAUUUACCUCUGUUCAUUAAGUAAACGGCAAGGAAAGUAAUUGUGAG